UGGAGGACAGCAGAGUGGGGAGCACAGACACAUUAUCCUCUCAGGCUUUACUUAAGCUAUCUGCUGCAUCUUUUCAUAUUUCUGAUCCCGCAGCACUAAAAUGACCUUGACCCAGGAGCCUAUUCUGUCUUUUUUACUGGAACACGGAGGCAAAGUGAGGACCUCUGAGCUGCUGAACAACUUCAGGAGUCACAUCAGCUGCAGAGAUCCCGCGGAAAAGCAGCACAAUAGGGACCUUUUUAAGAAGUUGCUGAACAGCGUCGCUGUGGUCAAACAGAUAGACGAGGUGAAGUUCGUGGUUGUGAAGAGAAUGUACCAGGACUUCGUAAAAGAUUUGACGCACGAUCACAUUCCCAAGUGCAUCAGCUAAAAACUAUCAGCUUGGGAAGCAAAGUUUCUUCAAGAUCCGUGCCGGCUCUGAAUUUGGCAGCUUGCAAGAAGGAUGCGGCGAACAUGCGGACACACGCGGAGAGACACGCCAAACAUGUUUUUCUCAACUGUAGUUGUAAUAACAAUACUGCCUGAAGCAUGUCCACUUCCACUGAGAUUUUCUCAUCUGAUCUCGAACUCAUUUGGACCUUGCAUUGGUUCCUUAAUGUGGCUGUGUAAAGACUGUGGUGCUGAGGCGUCUAAAAGAUCAGAAAUUCUUAAACAUUGCAGAUUAAGUCGUCAUCAUUUGGGGCGUGGCCAUUGUAUUAAUUGCGUGUAUCCAAACUGUCCAUGCAUUUUUAAGACUUGGAAUUCACUUUUGACACACUUAUCCAGGAAUCAUUGUAAUGCUUUAAAGUGCUCUGACAAAUUUACUUUGUCCUGUCAGUUAUGUGGUUUUAGUGAACUUGGAACAGAGCGUGAUUGUUUUGCACAUAUAACCCAGCAUUUGAAAAACUAUGAGACAGUUACUUGUAUGUUCAAAGGCUGUUAUUACAAAUCCAACAUUUACAGUACAUUCAAGUCACACAGAAGUCGUAAGCACAGCUUACAGUCGGUGGCAGAUUUUAAAGACGAAGUAGUCAAAGAAAGUGUUGCAGCUGAAACAGCAGAGCCUGAUGUUCAAGACAAUGAGGAAUUCAGCGAUAGCAGUCAGUCUGAUGAUAUAAGUACAACACAGGAUCAGAAAGAUAUAGUAGAACAAAAACUUGCAGCUGUGUUAUUAAAACUUGGAAAUAUUUUUCAUGUGCCCAGUGCUGCAUUUGAUGAAUUGCUGGAAGAACUGCAGUAUUUGUUGAGCACAGCGUGUUUUCAUAGUACAACAAAUUUAAUACAAGACACACUGAAUAGUUAUAGUCUGGAACCACUAGCUCAUGAGUGGUUGGUGCAAUGUGCAGCUGGACUCUGGGGACAUGUAUAAGGCCUGCUGCUGAGGGACACAAGCUUGGCCCAGAAGAAAGACUUCAUGUCAGGCUUCACUGCUCUGCACUGGACUGCCAAGGAUGGAAACAGCCAGAUGAUGCAUGAGAUCCUGGACUUCUGCAAGAAAAGAGGCACAUGUGUGAACAUCAACAGCAAAGCACAUGGAGGAUAGGUGAUUCCCCUAAUGAUGCACAACUUCACCCUAAUCAUGUAUUUAGAAGUUCCAUCUAAUGACGUGUGGAUUUAAAAUCAUAGUUUCAGCAAUAAAUGUAAAAUCUGUUGGGUUGCA